UACCAUUCAGUGUAGUCUGGUUUCCAGGUGUGGUCCCAAAGCAACACUGUUCACAAAUCAUAAGCCGUACACUUGUAAUUUCCUCUAUUUUUCGAUUGUUGAUUUCACAUGUAUUUUGCUUUCUUCUUUAGGAGCAGAUAAGAAGGCUGAGGAAGAUUCUAUAUCCAGGCUUUCCGACAAACCUGGUCCUGAUGAUUCAUGGUCUACAUCAUCUAGCCAAGUCUUAGAUUUUGGUACCAAGAGUAUGUCUGAGAAGCCCAAGAAAUAUGUGCCUCCUGUCUCUGGAGCUCUGGAGCAGAAAGGGCAAAGUAUAUUAAAUGGACAAGUAGAAGGAGCAGAUAAGAAGGCUGAGGAAGAUUCUAUAUCCAGGCUUUCCGACAAACCUGGUCCUGAUGAUUCAUGGUCUACAUCAUCUAGCCAAGUCUUAGAUUUUGGUACCAAGAGUAUGUCUGAGAAGCCCAAGAAAUAUGUGCCUCCUGUCUCUGGAGCUCUGGAGCAGAAAGGGCAAAGUAUAUUAAAUGGACAAGUAGAAGGAGCAGAUAAGAAGGCUGAGGAAGAUUCUAUAUCCAGGCUUUCCGACAAACCUGGUCCUGAUGAUUCAUGGUCUACAUCAUCUAGCCAAGUCUUAGAUUUUGGUACCAAGUAUCAAGUUCCAUUAAAGGUUGAAGAAAAAAAGAAGCACAGAGGAAGUGACAUGGAAGUAUCAGAAAACAUACAUGAUGCUGCGGCUGCUGGAUUAAUUCCACAAAGACAGAAUGGAAAAACUGAUAGCCAUCAAUUGCCUAUUACAGAAAAUAAAGAUUCUGAUAGGAGGGAACGUGGUUUACAUAUGAAGAAGUUAAAGAAAGGUGAAAAUGAAAAAGGGACAUCAAAAGGAUCUGUGAUCACACCAGUGUUGCAGAAGGCAGAUGCCCUAACUGGUGGUCCACUACAAAAGAAUGAUGGCAGUCAUUUCAGUGAAAAGGAUCAGCAUGAAAGCAGACCUGCAAAGAAAAUUUCUAAGAAAAAGAACAAGGUCAAAAAGCAAAUUACUUCUAUGGAUGACCUUGUCGACUUCAUUCAGUCAUCUGAAACAGCUUCAGAGCAUUGUGAGUUGCCUUACUCUAAGAAUUUCAUGUUGCUGAUUGAACAACUUGGCAUGGAUUGUAAAGAUUAUGCUGGCUUCUUGAAAAUCCAAGAUAUACGUGUUUCCUAUGAGAAAUUAAGGAAACUUAACAAAAAUCACUGUAAACUUCUUAUGGGAAAAAUGACAAAAAUGGACAAAAUGGUUAGUGCACUACAAAACGAGCUACAGGAAUCCAAAGACAUGAUAUCAUGGUUAGAACAUCAAAAAGUGGAAUGGGAACGUGAAUUCUGCAGUUUGAGAUGUACCUUAAAACAAGAAGAAGAAGAAGAAAGAAGAAAUGCUGAUAUGUUAUAUGAAAAUAUUAGGGAAAAGUUAAGAAGGAAAGAAGACGAAUAUAAGAAAGAAGUUGAAACAAAACAACAAGUUGAACUCGCUCUUAGAAUGCUAAACACGGAAUUGAAGGCCACAAAAAAUCAGGUUGUAGAAGAGCACAGUGACACUCAGUGGCAACUUUCUCCAGAACAGAAGGCCAGAGUCUUACAAGAUGGAAGCCUAAACAAUCUCUUUUGCAAGCAAAAGGAGCUAGAAAUGGCUCAUAAGAAAACUAAUUCUAAGGUAGUUGCGAGACAACUUCAACAAGAACUGGCUGAUACUCUGAAGAAACAGUCUAUGUCAGAGGCUUCCCCAGAGGUUACGUCAUAUCUUCGUCUGGAAGAUGAAACACGGGAUCUCAAGAAGAAAUUAGCUCAAAUCAGAAGUCAGUUGCAAGAAGAACAGGAACGACAUGGAGAGGCCGUAAGAUAUGCUGAGGAGAUGAAAGAUCAUGUGCAAAAGCUACAGGUUAAAAAUGCCACACAAGAAGCAACCAUCAAACAUCAAGCGGCCCAGAUUCAAGAUCUUGAGAACAACGUGAUAAAGACAAGUUUGGCUGAUGUCCUUACAACAGAACUGGAAACUACAUCUUCAGAAUGUCUACACCUGGAUGCAAAAAAUCAAGUUCUUCAACAAGACUUAUUAUCAAUGAAAGCUUUCAAAGAAGAAUGUGAAAAACUAGAGAGCAACAACAAGAAGUUACAGCAAGAAGUAGUAAAAUUGAAACAAUUUAUGGAAAUGAAUAUGGUAGAACGCAGUCAAGUGGAGCAGUAUAAACAGGAGAUUGAAGAAAGAGCACGACUGGACAUAGUAGAAAAAUUACACGAAGUCAACCUGUUUUUAAAGGCACAAGCAGCAGCUCGACAAAACUUGGACCAGUUAAGAGAAAAUGAUCAUGCUUCAACGAGAAAUCAAAUGGAACUUAGAAUUAAAGAUCUGGAAUCUCAGGUCUCUACAAUGAAGACUUCUCAAGAUUCUACUAAAACAGAGUUGGAAAACUACAGGCAACUCUACCUAGAAGAAUUAAAACUUAGAAAAUCCUUGACAAAUAAGUUGAACAGGGCUAAGGAGAGACUGUCAGAGAGCAAUACAAAUUUUCUUGAGGAGAGACAGCAGCACCAAACUUUACUCAGGACCCGUACUAUGAGCCCAGGCCUGGAACCACCUUAUUGUAGACAUUUUGAAAAUAAUUUAGUGCUCAAUGGAAACCUUACUCCUAGGGGAAACUUAGUGAUUCCUACCUUAAACCCACGGCCGUCAUAUGAGUACUGGGAGACUUCCUUGUGGAAGACACAGCGGGAGUUGGAGAAAAGAAUAACCAGAGCACUAGAAGAAGCUGCUACCGGAUUUGAAUCAGGAUCCUGUAGAAAUCCUUUAGUAUCUACUGAUGAUUCAAUUAUAAAUCAAGAUCCUGUAUGGAAAGCGUCACAAGAAUAUGUACAGAUUCUGAACAAAAAUUAUAUGAUUUGAAAAAUAAAUAGAAAAAACUUACUGGAUGCUUUCAAAACAUUUUCAUUGUUUCCCAAUUGAACACACUAUACGGCAAAGUCUUGAUUAAAGGAAGAUGUUUUUGUAUCAUAUGUGUGUAAUGAAAAUCUUUAUAAUAUUUUAAACUAUGUUUCUUGGCAUCUCAUUAACUUUUAAGCACAUUUUGUACAUGGAAACCAGCACUAGAGCGUUUUACAUACAUCAGACUGCUCCACUACCAGCGGUUUGAACAGCACCCAAACAACCAAGUUGUCAUUAAUACUUCAGUAGUGUUCAUGGAUGGCUUUUUGUAUUUUCCAAUUUUUAUGACUAUAUGUGGGCCGAAAGAUUUAGACAUUAUUUUGAUGUAUUCCUGCUAUGGCUAUUGCCAAUGUUUGUACAUAUUACAAUUUUUUUAUAGUGCCAUAAAACCUAUCUAUAAUUUUAAUUGUAAACACUGAUUCAUAGCUCUUUCCACAUGGAGAAAUAAGAUUUGCCUAAGGCUUUU